GUCAGUCUUUCCCUGACUAACUUGGAAUGGUUUCAAAUCGAGAGCAGCUUCGCUUGAUCGCGGCGAAUCCCGUGUUCGUCCCUGCGUUCCGCGUAUCGAUGGUCCCGUAAGCUGUGACUGCCCUGUCACCUCACACAGGCUUGAAGACAUGAUCACUAGCAGCAGUAUUUAUGGUCUAAAGAUGCAGUGGACCCCGGAGCACACACAAUGGGCAGAACAACACUUUGACAUCUCAUCCACUACCCGCUCCCCAGCACACAAAGUGGAGGCCUAUCGGGGGCACUUGCAGCGAACAUACCAGUAUGCGUGGGCAAACGAUGACAUCUCUGCACUGACUGCCUCCAAUCUGCUCAAGAAAUAUGCAGAGAAGUACUCUGGGAUCCUAGAAGGCCCAAAUGAAAGAGCCCUGCUGUGUGCCUACUCCGAUAGCUCCAGUGGACGAAAGUCGGAGAAUGAGUCCUGGCAGGAGGGGAUUUACCCAAUGAACUGUGCUCCAGAUGUUAUAUCUGUGAGCAAAGCUGGAAUGACAGCUGCCCUCCCCCCUACAGACGUGUCUGCAAGCAUAGGAAGCUCCCCAGGGGUGGCAAGCAGCUUGUCUGAGCCUAGCUACUCAAGUAGUAACUGUGGGAGUCAUCCAGCCACCACUCUUCACUCGGGCCUCCCCUCUCAGGAAUAUACUGCCAGUUACAAUGGCUCUUACCUGCAUUCCAGCUAUAGCAGCCAGAGCACUCCCGCCCUCCCUUCCCCUCACCCCUCUCCCCUCCAGAGUGCUGGGCUUCUACAACCCCCACCACCUCCACCUGCUUUAGUGCCAAGCUACAAUGCUGGGUCUCCCAACCUUCCCAACUACAGUUAUCCUCCAACAGGAUAUGCUUCACAGACUGCCGUGGGUCCUGGUUAUAGCCCUGGGGGAGCACCACCACCACCUUCUGCUUAUCUACCGUCUGGCAUUGCAGCUCCCACUCCAAUACCUCCCUCCACUUUGCCUGGAUACGCCUACCAGUCUCAUAAUCACACACCAAUCACACCUACACCUUUGAAUGGCAGCUCGUCCAACUCAUUAAAACGAAAAGCUUUCUACAUGAGCGGACAUGGAGAUGUGGACUCUGGCUAUGGUAAUUUCAACUACAACCAACAGCGCUCCUCACAGAGCCCUAUGUACAGAGUAGCAGACAGCAGUGUCUCAGACUCAAACAGGGGCACUGGCUUUGAAAGAAACACAGACCCAUCAUCUUUAGCUUUUAAGCCAACCAAACAGCAACUGGCCUCUGAUCAACAAAGAAAAUUUAAUGUGCACUCUGGCAGAGCGCUAACUCCUCCAUCUUACGGAUCAACCAAAAACUCUACAGGAGAUCUAAGAACUGGCGAGCCCUACAGCAAGUUUGGGUCUCCAAUCAUGAGCGAGCAAACUGAUGAGCACAGACAGCACCUCUCCCACUCCCUUUCAGGGCCUGAUUUAGGAACGGCUACCUCGUCCAUCCAUGCUGCAGAGGAACAAUUAAAGAACAGUGAUUCCAACCUGGUGGAAAUGGUCAACACGGAAAUCCUUCAACAAGGCUCUCCAGUAGACUGGACUGACAUUGCAGGUCUGGAUAUGGCCAAAUCAACUAUUAAAGAGGAGAUACUGUGGCCUAUUUUGAGACCUGACAUGUUUAGCGGACUUUCCACAUUACCUCGAAGUCUGCUAUUGUUUGGACCUCAGGGAACUGGUAAAUCGCUACUGGCGCGCUGCAUGGCCAGCCAGCUGGGGGCCGCUUUUUUGCGGCUGAGUGGUUCAGCACUGGUGACCAAGUGGCUUGGAGAAGGAGGCAAGAUUAUCCAAGCUUCUUUCCUUGUAGCACGCUGUCGCCAACCAGCAGUAGUCCUAAUCAGCGAUGUGGAUAUGCUGUUGUCUGGCCAGCUUACUGAGGAGAGCCCUGUAAAUCACCUCAAGGCUGAGCUCCUCAUCCAGCUCGAUGGUAUUCUGACCUCUGCGGAGGACCAUGUUCUCGUGGUCUGCUCCACCAGUAAGCCAGAAGAAAUACCCGAGACCUUACGGAGGUACUUUACUAAGCGUUUGCUCAUCCCAUUGCCUGAUGGAACCGCACGCCAUCAGAUAAUCAGCCAACUUCUCUCGCAGCACAACUAUUGUCUCAGUGACAAAGAAAUUUCAUUAUUGGUUCAGAGGACAGAGGGUUUUUCUGGACUGGAUGUAGUCCAGCUGUGUCAAGAGGCUGUUGUUGGCUCUCUCCAUGGCAUUCCUGGGGCUGACCUUCCCAACAUCCACCCUAGUCAGAUGAGACCAGUCACGUACCAAGACUUUGAAAAUGUAUUUUGCAAAUUCCAGCCUAGCAUAUCACAAAAAGAGCUUGACGUGUACACUGAGUGGAAUAAAAUGUUUGGCUGUAGUCAAUGAAUGGAACCAAUCACACAGUUUCCUUGAAAUAUGCUGGGUAAAAGCAGUGUUUGGUUCUUUUUAAACAAUAAGAAAACAGUGGUGAUAUCAGCAUUUUAUCUAGAGUUAUGGAAGCAAUCUGGACAUCACACAGUGUUAUGUGCUUAUUAUAAAGUAAAUUUGAAAGGAUGCCCCACUUUUUUGUAUAUAAAUAUACAAAUAUAUAUAGAUAUAAUGCUGAUUUUGAGAUUUUGUUGCUAUCAAGUGCCUGAGAUGGUGCUGUUUAAGUUUCUUUUUGCCUCACAAUCUUCAUUGGUGGUGUGCUUAUAUAAAAGAGCUUUACAAUGUUAAACAAACCUUUGUUUUUUACUGCAAAAGUGUUGUUCAGCUUUGUCUGUUUUGUGCUCUCCGUGAACUGUUGUGGUUAAUUUCAGCUGAGUUAAAUUGAUAGGCGGAAUUUUCCCUGAGCGUCGUUACCUUGCACAGGUUUUAUAUGUGCAUGUAAUUUAUUUAAUCUUAUCAAAAUGGACAUGCACAUAUCUUUAAAAUUUUAUUUGCAUUAAAUACUUAAAUUUGGUUGCAGUAGGUUUGAGGAUAAAUUGUUAAAUGUGAUUUCAGUUUAAAUGAAUGCCCUCUAGAACUUUUAGCAUUUGUGAUAAAGAUGUGUUAAAAGCUUUAAAAUUAAUAUAUUUUUUUAUUGCAGGAGGUUGAAAUGACAAUGAAAUAUUUUUGCAGAUGCCACCCUAUAUUUUGAGCACAUUUAUUUAAUGAAAAGAAAUAAUAGUGUUAAAACAUCACUGCUAUUGAUGCCUAAACCUAUAUCUUAUAUUACUUUUUUAACCAAAUUUGCCAACAGGAGAGCACUAUGAUUCCUCCUGUUUUAUUGCUUGCAUUGUCCUGGGCCGCUCUUCUCUGUAGUUCUGUGAAAAUCUGGCAGAGUCAAUCAAAUGUUCAUUUAAGGUAUUUAGUACUUAACUAUGUUACCCUUAACAUGGAUCCAAAGCAUUGCAGGCUUUCCACCAUAUGCCACAUUUGGCUUGUGGUGCUUCCCCACAUAUUCAUCCUUUUUGAAGAAAAUUGUUGUUAGGGAUCCAACUCACUAUAAGGGUUGGGACUUUAUUAAAAACAACAAUUUCUUAAAAGUGACUGACAAAAUAAAUUUACUCAAAUUAACAGUUGGACUUUUCUACAUUGUGCAGUGUUUGAUUAUGCAGUUACAUAACAAGAUGUAUUUAUUUUAAGGCUUUUUGCACAUCUUUAAGUUUGGAGGUUGUUAGUUGUGACAUUCCUAAAAAUAUUUCUACAGCUAUUUACUAAGAGUAAUUCACACAGAAAAAUUGCACCAUAUUUUCUGUUUUCUAAUUGAAAACUCAGGAAUGUGUUAGUAAUAUGUACUUCUCAAGCUUGUAUUAAAACACUACAUGAGAUAAACAUUUGCCUCACAUUUAAAAUUGCGUCAUUAAAAUGCAAAAGGUCUUUUGAUAACUCAAGAAUCUCAAGACGAGGAGGUUCCUGCAGUGAAUGUAUGAGGGGAUAAUUGUGGUUUAUUUGCAAACCUUAAAAGUAAAUUUUUUUAGAAUUCUCAGCUUUUAUUUAUUUUUUUAAAUAGAAUUUGUUUUUGCAAUUACGGGUUUGCCUUUGGAAAUAACAGCCCCUUUGUGUGGGUGAAAUUGCAGCCUUGAGCUAAUACAUUUUACAUUUUUGAAUUAUUUUUUUCUUACUUCUUGCCAGCUGCAAAGUCAGAAACCCUCAUUUACAACAGAUACAAUGAUCCCGUUAUUUAAGUCCCAGCUUUGAGAUUAAAGUGUUCAGCUUGUGCCGAGAGAAAUUUAAAAGUGCAGACAAACAUCUCGAGGUUGCGCGAGACAGCUGAUCCAAGCUAUGUUUUCCCCCUCCUGUUCCCGUUUUAUCAUUCAUGAAAACGCAAGGAUUAUGUACAGUGUAAGUUGCUUAGUACCUUGUUAUGUUUAUCUCUGAAAGACAAAUUCGCAGUGACAUCAAAAUGUCACAACUUGCCCAUCUUGUUUCAUGAUGAUGCCCAGCUAAAAACUAAAAGUAUUUUUGGUGUAAAAUCUAUAUGCUUUACAUUUUGAUAGAUUGUUUUUUUUUUUUUUAAAUGACACACUAUGCCUUUGCCUUAGGACAAUUUGGUUUUAUCAUCCUAUUUUCAGUGCCUGGUGUUGUUGCUGCACAUUUUUUUACCCCUGAACCUGCAAAGUCAGAAGGAGAUGUUACAGAAACCCUAGUGAUUCUGUGUUCAUACUUUCUGUCUUAAAGUCUUUCAAUAAGAAGUUUACACAAGUGAUUUUACACCUUUCUUUAUCUCAAAUUCAUUAAUUUAGUCGCAUUCUUUAUAUUCUAAUCUCACAUAGUUUUUGUACAAAAUGCCACUUAUUGUUUUUCUCCCCUAUUUUAAACUGUUGCUGUCUUAUUAUACUGUUUUCUGCCAAUAAUAGAUAAAUUUCCAUAGUACAUUUCCAGCAAAAUAUGAGUCCGUGUGAAAGCUUAAUUGGCAAGUAAAAGCAUUGAAUGUAUUAUAAUGUGAGCAAAACACUAACACUGAAACAUGCCAGAGGAGAAGAAGAGAGCACUGGUCAGGGUAUUUAUAUAGAAACUGCAGAGGCACUGACAGACUUUUUUUUUUCUUCUAAGAAGGUGUCUUAAUACAAUAUUUCUUGAUGCUUUACCAAAUUUAAAUUUUCUAUCAAAUAUUAAGCAUUUUCUCAUUGAAACAUGGCUGGAACCAAUAUCUUCUCAAGCUCUGGACUUUCCACGACAAAAGCACAGUUUGAGAAAGUUAUUCCUUAGUCCAGACUGAUACUUGACUCUACUUUUACAUUAUGUUGAAUGCUUUAUCUGUAUUCCCAGUUACAAUAUCUUUGUUGCAUUAUAUUUAAAACUGCACAAGUUUUAGUCCUCUGUAAUAUUAUAAGUCUGUAUAUGAAAAGACAAAUGUGUGUGAAUCGAGUGCCUACAUUCAUUUUUAAGGGUCUGGGUCAUUUAUUUGAGUCCUGAUUACUGCUGAGUCACAUUUUGUGAGCUAAGAAUCACAUUGCAAAAUUUUCACAAAUAAACUCUCUUGAUUUAUGUCAUGAAGAGUCACAUGUUAAAAUUGUUUCAGAAAUCAUGUAGACACAUAAUCAUCCUGAAACAUUCAGAUGGCAAUGGUUCCAGUUAGAUGAUGAACGUUAGUUUAUCACUUCUUGUUUUAUUUUUAACCUGUAAAAUCCUUUAUUUUCUUCUGUUUGCCUCCUCAUCAGCUUGCACCCUCAUUUCCAUUUCAUCCCAUUUUACACCACUAAAGAUACUACUAUAUUCUGUACCCAUGCACUGAAACCAAGGUGAUGAUUUAUUUGUGAUUGUAUCUUUGUGUUUUCAUGAACAAUGAAGAUAAAUCAUCAUAACACUGAAUACACCUGAAUCCUGCAUAGAAUUAAAAUUCAAUUAUGUUUAAUAUGAAGAUGUUUUAUGUUCUAUUCACAAUCAUCACCAUUUGAGCAGGCUGACUCUUAUUAAACCUGAUGGAAUGCAACUUUAGAUUAAACUACAACAACUCUUUGAAACCCCCUGUUGGUAAAUAUUACUUACUGAAUUUAUAUGUUCACUUUUUCUUGCAGUAGCCCACACACAUCCUAUCUAUAUGAUAACUCUACAAUACUGUAGUAUGAAUGCAAAUAUUUCUAAUUGGUUUUGUUUAAAAUGACUUACCACUUGUAGCUUUAAAACAGCAUUACCUAAAUAAGAUUUGUAGUGGUCACAAAUUGACCCGUGAUCAUUAUGAACAGUCUAGUAGUAAAAGGGUCAUUUUAUCCCAAGAUUUGCAAGGGCUUGAAAAUGUAAAGAAGAAAAUGUAACUAUAUGGUGAGAACCUAUAUGACUUUUUUUUUUAAUAAUUUGUGAAUCAGUGUUCUUGAAUUCUCAGUGUUACCUUUGUGUAUUCUCAAAAAAUGCUACAAUUUUUAGCAAUGUCUAUCAAUAAUGGAAACUUGUGACGGUUAUUAAAAACAUAACUCUCUAUGUCAAUCCACAGUUUACAGCUCUGUAUUUAAGCACAAACUGAAACGCAUGAAUGGCACAUAAGUCAGAAAAUGUCCAAAAAUACAAACUUCCCCUCUAUAAUAGGUGAGGUUAUUAUUUCAUUUAAAAUUGGGAAUUAAAACCAUGAGUUGGAUGAACAAGCACACAUCUUACUGGUUCAAGAGCUCAGUGGUGAAUCAGAGAUGUGUGGUAAAAUAUAUCAAUCACGGGUGAUAUCAUAGAUAUUUAAAGAUCUGGUCCCAUCCAGUAAAAACAAGAAGUUUACAUACACUGCAUAAAAAGACACAACCUAUUUUCACUGUCUGACAUUAAAUCACACUUAACUUUUCUUUGGGUAUCUGGGUUUAUCAAACUAAUUGCUAAUUUUAUGUCAGAAUAAUGAGAGUGAGAAAUACAUUUUUUAAAGAUAUUUUCUUCUUAACUUUUUUUAAAAUUUCUAAGUUUACAUACAGUGGUGUGAAAAAGUGUUUGACCCCUUCCUGCUUUUUUUUUUUUUUUUUUUGCAUGUUUGAAGUGUUUCAUAACAUCAAACCAAAUUAAGUAUCAGUCAAAAACAACACAAAUAAACACAAAAGACAGUCUUUAAAUGAAGUUCUUUAUCAUUAUGGAAAAUAUUUCACACAUGGCCAUGUAGCUUUAGAAAUUUUUUCUCCUUUAUUAAUACACAUAAUUCAUCAUUUAAAAAACUGCAUUUUGUGUUUACUUGUGUUGUCUUUGACUAAUAUCUAAAUUUGUUUGAUGUUCUGAAACACGUGAGUGUGACAAGCAUGCAAAAAAUGGAAAUUAGGAAGGGGAAAACUACUUUUUCACACCACCGUUAAUUUAUUUUGCAUAGAUUUGUUUAUUCUGUAUGACUUGGUUCUAACAUCUUGGGUUUCCAUUCACAUGUUUCUCACAGCAGUUUGAUGAAAUUUUGGCCUAUUCCUUUCAGACAGGACUGCUGUAACUGAGUCAGCUUAGUAGGUAAUGAGCAGUGUCCACAAAUUUUCUCUGGGUCUGAGGAAGUAUCUCUUUGAUCGACAUUUCAAAAUUUUGAUUUUGUCGUUCUCAAAUUGCUCCAUAAGGAAUUUGGCCUUGUGUUUAGGGUUAGAGUUGGUGAUGUCAUUGUCCAUUUAUAAUAUUCAUACAUAAUAUCCUUCACUCAUGAUGUCACCGAUUUUUUUUAGGGUGCCACUACCCCCAGCUACAAAAUACCAACACAGUACGAUGCCCCCACUCAUGUACUUCGCACCAGGAGUGGCAAAUGGUUUAUUUCCUCUCUGAAUGGUCUUUCAGUCUAGAAAGAUAUUUUACUAAUAUUGUAAAGUUGCACAAUUAUCUUAUAAACCACUUUAUUUGAAAAAUAAGCUGUCUUCCUUAAUAUUUUGGGAUCUAAUAAAUUGAAAUGUUUGGUGAUCCUAAAUUAUCCUAAAGAGCAAAAGUUAAGUUUGAUUAAAUGCCAAACAGUGGUUAAAAAGGGUUGUGUGUCUCCCUCUACGCCGGCAUCUGGUUUAAUUUCCAUUAAUGUGCUUUGUGUUUUUCUUAUACCUAAUGUUGCAUUUGCAUGAAAUUAAAUAUAAUAGCAAUCUGACAAUAGUUCUGCGUUUUUGCAAGAAAAAAAAAAAAAAAACAUUUCAAAAUGUCUGAUAUAUGUUUCACAUGUUUUUUGAUCUUUAAAACUUUAGAAAACUAGAUACAUUACAUUAUGGAGUGCGGUAAAAUGAAAGGACCUGUGAUCACAGAUGACACUUGAGCAGGGCCUUUGACAAGCACAGCGAGUUUCCAAGCGAUACACACUCGGUGACUUAAAUCACUUUCUUUCAGUAUUCCUGUAAUUAGUUUAAUGUUGAGAAUUGCUUCUAAUGUAUUUCCCAUCCUAGUUUUAUAGCUGUGCAUCCUUUAAAACCAUUUCUACCUCAUUGCUGCAUAUUGUACUUGUAGUACUUAUGUUGUUUCAUUUUGAAUGUCAUGCAUUUGUGAAUUAAAAAUUCUAAAAAAAUAAAAAAUAAAAAAAAACGAAGAAAAGAUUGCCCUUGAAUCUGAGCAGUCUACCUCAAAAAGACUGUCUUUACACUGUCAAGUACGAGUCACAGAGGAAAAAAAAGAAGAAAAAACUGCACCUUUAAGACAAAGAUGAACCUUACCUGCACAUUCUGACAUAUACAGUUUAUUUAUGAUAACACUUUCUCAUUGAGGUGUUGUUGUCAGUAUUUUCUGCGAGUUUUUUCAACGCAAACUCUGUUCCUAAAAAAAUAAAUAAAUAAAUAAAAGUGAGUUGCUUCAAUUCUCUGUGGACUGUGUAGUGCCAUGUUAAUGUGUAUGUACGUGCACUGGCAAUUCUACAUGCAAGUGAGAGGAGUCAAAGUUAACAUGUGAACAUUCUGAAUUUUUACUUUUCAUACAUGUGUACAGAAAAUGAACUUGCACAUAGCUGUAUAUAUAUUGUACAUUUGCUACUGAUAUACAGCAUACAUACAAAAAAGCACCAUGUAACUGUUUAUAUGUGUGUAUGUAUUGCCAUAUUUACAGUACAGUCAACUUAAUUGUAUUUUAAUUUCACGGUACAUAAAGGUUACUGAAAAACUGAAUAAAGUUGUUUUCGCUCUC